AACAGUCCAAGUUGGAACCGUCCUCCCAGGUAAUACCCCUUCAGGAGGUAGAGAUGGAACAGUCAGAUCUGGGAGGUACCACUGGGUAGGGGGCGUCUAUUCAGGAACAAACCAUUGUGUGGGCUGGAGAGGCCCUAAGGGCUGCUACCACCCCCACACAAGGGGAUUGCGCACUAGCCCCCGAUGGAGGCAGGAGUGGCACUUCCUUGACCGUCCGCAGCACCCGCUCAUUCUCCCGGUUCCCAGCCAAGUCCCAGUGAGAAAUAUGAGUGCUCGAGUAAGAUCAAAAUCUAGAGGAAAGGGAGAUGGAAAAAAAUCUUCUAAGCUGGAUGAACCUGGAGUUGCUAAGCAACCAGGUAAAAAAACACCUCAAAAAAAGGAACCACCUACUGAGGAUCCAGAUAUUGAGCCUGGACAAGAGAGAGAAGAAGGAGCAUGUGGGGUUCAAGAACCUGAACUGGAAGCUGAAAGCCAGGAAAAGGAAAAGGGUCUGGAAAAGACUGGAGGUGAGAGUGGAGAUGGCCCUGAUGUGAAAGGGAAGACUACACCUGAUCUAGCAUUUGCUAAAGUUCAAGAAGCAGGUGAUGGACAGUCGUAAGUUAAAAAGAAGAGAAGAUGAAGCCACACAUACAGUUUGUUAUAUUGAUAAUUUGGCUUAAAUUCUCUCAAUAAAGAUUUAAAGUUUGCUCUGAAGUUGUCAUGCGUAUCUUCU